AUGCAAUUAGAGUUCUAUCUUUCCAACCGCACGUCAGAAGGGCGGCGCCCUCGACCGGGGCUGUCAACGCCCCCGAAGAUGCCCUUCUGGAAUUAUGAGUUGGUGAUGACUGAACCCGACGAAUUGCGCACCCCUUCCUCGACCCUCCCGCGGCGCCGAUGCCGCAUCCCACGCCUCAGCCGCUCCACUUCGGACGCGGCGCCCCGGCCCAAGUCUUCGGGCGGCGGAGACUUGCCGCCCUGGGAGCAGGGGCGGCGCCUGCCCUCCCUCGACGGAGACCUGGGCUCUGCGGCCGGAUCCGUCCCCUUCUCACUCGACGACGACGGCAGCUCGGUCAAGAGCUUUGGUAGCUUCAUGAGCUAUGCCUCACAGGCGACGACGGAGGCUUCCGCGGCGUCCCGGCCCGUGUCCCGGUGCCACUACGGCAAGCGGUACAUCUUGCACUGCGAGCGGCAUCUAGCCCGGCCGGAGGAAUACCUGACGCCGACGCAGCGGCGAGAGCGAGAGAUCCGGCAGCUCAAGUCGGCGCUUGCCCGGCAGGUACGACGCUGCGAAGAGAAAGAGCUCGAGGUCGAGAGGCUCAAGGCAGAGGUGCGGACGCUGCAAGACGCGAUCACACAGAUACAGGAUGGGAAGCACAACCUGAUGAACUCGUCGCAAGAGAGCGACCCCUUGGACAGCAUCAUCGCCAAGAACUCGGCCUCGGAGAUUAGCUUCGAGAGCCACGACGGCGGGGACCAAACCUCCCCUAGCAACGACGACAGCGGCAUCGUGUCCAUCAGUCCGAGGGACAGUUCCGAGUUCGGAGAGCUGCAGACGAUGACCGCGGAGAAGGCGGUCUGCACCUCCCCCAUCCCAGACGAUUCUGAGAGGGCCUCCUCUGACAGGAGGCCCUCGACAGAAUGUGGGUCGCAGGGUGACACGGGCUCACCUAGACUAUCGCCUGAGCUGGAUAGGUUCUUCGGCGCCUACAAGCUGGAACUCGAGAACCUCAAGGCGCAGCACCACGAACAUUACCAGGACCUGAAGGAGAGAUUCACGGAGAGAGUGGAUGAUCUGCUACAAAAACUCACCGAUGCCAACACCAGGUACCUGGAGCUGCGUCCUCUGUUCGAGCGUGCCCAGGACAAGAUCGAGCACAUCGAGACCCAGCUGAGCGAGGUGCAGAGGGACAUGGAGAGCCAGGAGGAGUACCACAGCCAGAUGUACCUCAAGAUGUACAGGAAGGGUCAGGCCUCUGCGCGCCAGGAGGAGGACGAGGCGCUGGACUUCUCCGGGCGGGCCCCCCGCCGGGCGACCGUGCCGGACCUGCUCCGGCAGCUGCAGGCGCUCGAGCACGAGCUGGACGCCACGCGGCAGCUGGUGCGCGAGGCGGGCGGGGACCGGCAGGCCGAGUACACGCUGCGCUUCCUAAAGGACGCCGUCUUCUACUUCCUCACCAAGAAGGACAAGGAGCACCUCAAGGCCAUCCAGAGCAUCCUGGGAUUCACGGACGCCGAGAGGAUGGCCGUGGCCAAGGCCAUCAAGCACAGGAGGCUAUUCUGUUCACCUUUUAAGCUUAAAAAAUGACAAAGUUGAGCCUCUUCGAGACUGAGUUUGGAAAGGAAAUUGACAAAAUAGUUAGGUCUUUUUUGUAUCAUAUUUCAAAUCAACUUUCCUUUCCUUAUUGUGAUCAUGUGGCAUCCAUUCCUUUUUUGAAAAGAUCUACCAAAACGUGAAAGACUGAAUGUUAUGGAUCAGACAAGUUAUUUAAACACUAUUUUUAGUAGACCUAGUGUCAUAAUGAAGUGCUAGAUCUAUUGUCGAGCUAUUGUGUAAUUAGUUUUGAAUAGUGCUAGGUUUUUAUUGAAUCUCAU